GAAAGAGGACCUACCGAUAAUGAAAAUACCAUAAAAAGGGAUGAAAAUAGCAAUAACAAAGGACCAUGCAGCAAUUAUAAUAAGAAUGCGUAUGAACUUAGUACGUAUCGGAGCAGCACAUGUGAGCAGGUUUACAAGAACUUUAAAGGAUUGGAAUGGACUGUUCCUGGCAUUUAUCCAGAAAAUAGCGAUAGAUUGCAUAUGAAAGGGGUGGUGGUACCAUUUGGUGGAAGUAACGGGGCUGAAACGAGGAAUGUUCGCAGUGAAGAUCGGUUUAAAAAACUUAUCGGCUUAGAAAAUGUUUUUGAUCCGGAAAGAAACGAUAAAAAUUUAAACACGUACAAUGAACCGUUGGAGAAGUUCGUUGAAGAAAGAUUGCUAAGAAAUGUACAGAGAGGGUGUGAUAUUAGUGAAAAGACCGAAAAUGGAACUGAUAUAAUGAAAAGUAUCUUUAGUGGUAGCAGGUACCGGUCACUGAACAGAAAUACGAUAAACAACAAGCAUGUGAUGGUCAUAGAAAACAGAGAAGAGGAUCAAAUGUACAUUGUUAAGUUCCUUUCUGCUCUUCCUGUCACAAUUACCACCGAUUAUUUACAAGCGGACAUCCUCAUAAUAUCGGAGAAGUCUGUUGAUAAUUACGUGCUGGUCAAGACGUUCUUAGAGAACGCAAAGGUUGUGAUCCUCACGCUAGAUUUGUUCGAUGAAAAGAGGUGCUAUGAGUAUCUGAGAAUGGGUGUUAAAGAGGUGGUUGUAAAACCUUACUGUAUUGAUACAUUAUUCGCCUUGUUAGAGAAAUACAUUGAGCCGUAG